GGUUCUGCCACAAACGGGAUGCUACUAUCCAGAGACGUGACCCUCUCCUCCAACUGGACUACACUUUUCCUGGUGACUCUUUCACUGCAGAAAGAAUAAUCUACAAACUGAAUUAACAUACUUGAAGAGCGGCUGAAUUGCUCAAAGACUUAGUGCUUCCGUACUGUUUCUAUUAGUGAUGAUGAAAUAGUAACACAUUUUAGUUGAUUUUUUUUUUUUUUUUAAUAAAUUGCUGUUUUGAAAGGCUCCGUUUAAGGUCUAACUUGUAUUUGUGUGCAAUUGUCAAAAACUCAGUCGCACAAUACAUUACCAAAAACAAAACAAAACAAACUUCUCUUUUUGUUCUAUUUUUUUAUUGGAUAAAUGCAUCUAGAUCAUUUUUUGUCUGAAACGAACACAAGGGCGGUUUAUGGCAUGGAAGACUGUACAAGUGAAUCAUUCUGUCUGAGGUAGCAUUUGGUGUUAGUAGUGGGAUUUGAAGGCCUUUAUGAAGUUUGGUAAUUGAAACUGCUAAAAUUGGGUUAAGAACUGUUUAACAUAUUAAAAACUAUGACAUCAGGAGCUAUCCUCGCAAAAGAAAUUGAGUCAAAAACAUGUUUCAUGAUCAACAUCAGUGAUCAAAUUUUCUUUGGUAAAAAUCACAUCACAAGAAAAACAGCAGAACUCAAGGCUGUGGAGAUAACUUAGCCUUAUAAAAACCUCUAGUGAGGUGAUUUGUAAAAAAAAAAAAAGGUUCGAGUUUGCUAGGAGCAUAAACAUCGGACUCUGAUGUAGUAAAGGUCAAAGGUCAAAUAUGUGUUCUGAUGAGUCCAGGAUUUCCCCUUUUUCCAGAGUGAUCAGAGGUAGAAGACAAAUAUACUCAUCACAUUUAAACCGCCUGUAGUAUAAGCCGCCUUUAAAAAAAACAACAAAAAACGUCUAUUCUGCAUGAAAAAUGUCGGAAAUACUUUCAUUUAAAACCAAAGGUCGACAGAAACGUUGCCUAGCAACGUAACAACCUAUUCGUUCGGAAUCAAUUCCGAUUCUUAACGUCUCGCAGCCGCAACAGCUACGGUUAACCGUUAGCUUAACUCUUGAAACAAGUUCUUUUAUCAACGACAACUAACCAAACUCCCAUCGAUGCCUCGCAAGUUGAGUUUCUUUAAAACCAGACGGUACAGCGGAUCUAGUACCCUUGCAUCCAGUGAUGUAUCACUGGAUAUAUCUAAUGAUGCUUUCGAAAACCAGGAUUGUUUGUCGCUUAAUUUGGAAGAUGGUCUGUCAACCGAAAUGUGUAGCAGUAAUAAUCACGGCUCUACGGAGAAAUCUGCCAUCACAAAGGAUCAUCACAAUGACAAAGAAGCGUCUGGUCCUGAUGGCACAAUCCUCGAGCUCCAAGAGUUUAGAGAAACCCAAAUCCAACAAGAGACGUGCCUGCAAACCCUCCGAGCCAAGUACCACAGAGAUUUCGCUAUGAUAAAACAGGCACUUGAAGAAGAAAAAUCAAGCAAAGAUGUUUUAACAAAGGAACUUGCUGACAUCACUGAACUUUAUAAGAAUGAAACGCAGAACUUGAAAGAGGAGCUGACCAGUACACAGGAGAUGAUCAAGCAUCUGGUUUUAAAAGCUACGACAGAUAUUCAUGAGGUGCUGGGGGCUCUUCAGUACCGUUUGGAGCAGCUUGAAGAGCAGCAACGGCAACAACAGAAGCCUAUAAUCCUUGAAAAAAUUCUAAAUAGCCCACUUGUCAUUUGGUCGGUCCUUCUAGUACUUCUGUCCAUACUGGGCUACUUAGUCGUGACCCUUAGAGCAUAAGGCUCCUCUGUUUUGACAGAGGAUUUUUUCUUGAAUAUUCUGACUUUGUAGCUUGAGUUCUGAGAUACCUGUAAUAAAAGUUUCAAGCCAUGUGAUUAACAGGUCUGUGGUAUACCACACCAGCCCUAAAGUAAAUCUUUAAGAGGAAAUUUGAAAGUUAAGGUUUGUAUUUGAUCAUUGAACAGGUCUUAUAGUUUGACCGUUCUGCCGUUUGCAGUCAUGGCUGCAACUAAUGUAAAGAAAGCCAACUUUUUUUGGACUAGACAUGCAAGAAGGAUUUCAAUUAGCUGAAACCCAUCAUUGCCAAGUUUAUGGAUUACAAAGGUGAGUAAUUUUUACAUUAGAGCCAAAAAUCUCCAAAGUUUCUGCUUAGUUAAGGUGAAAUAAGCUAAGUCUCAAGUUAAAGCAAUAAGCCAAG